AUGAAGAAGCGUCGAUUGCCGGUGGUAAUAUGUGUUUCGGGGAAGCGCAGAAGUGGGAAAGAUUUUUUAGCGAAUUUGUUGGCGGAUCGCUUGAAGCACCGGGGAUGUUAUGAGGUGCUCAUCUGUGGCAUAAGCUAUCCGCUCAAAGAGGAAUAUGCAGAGCUGAAUGGGAUGGAUGCGGAGCGGCUGAAAUUUGAUGCCUCAUUCAAAGAGCACCAUCGAGCAGAUAUGGUCCGAUGGGGAGAGGAAAUCCGAGCCAACGACCCCGAUUACUUCUGUAGGUGCGAUUUGGAAAUUUCCAUUCGUUCUGCUGUUACGUGUUGA